AUGGCCGACAAACUCCGUACGCAGCAGCAGCUCGAGCAGCUCCAAGCAAAAUACGUGGGCACUGGACACGCCGACACCACCAAGCACGAGUGGACGUCCAACAUCCAGCGUGACUCGUACGCCAGCUUCCAGGGUCAUCAGCCGCUGUUGCACUACAUGGCCAUUGGCAUGGGCCAGCCGAUGGAGAAGGUGCGAAUGCGCUGUAUGGAAAAAAUGGUUUUGCCGUGUGGACCUGCCCMGCCGGUAGAAGAUUAA